GUUUUCUAGGUAUAGAAAAACAAUCUCGAAAAUGUUGUCCAGACUGUUUCGAAUGCAUGGCCUUUUUGUAGCCUCUCAUCCAUGGGAAGUCAUUGUGGGAACAGUGACUCUCACCAUCUGUAUGAUGUCCAUGAAGAUGUUCACUGGAAAUGAUAAGAUCUGUGGUUGGAAUUACGAAUGCCCAAAACUUGAAGAAGAUGUUCUGAGCAGUGACAUCAUAAUCCUGACAAUCACCCGCUGUAUAGCAAUCCUUUACAUAUACUUCCAGUUCCAGAAUCUAAGGCAACUUGGGUCAAAAUACAUUUUAGGUAUUGCUGGCCUUUUCACAAUCUUCUCAAGUUUUGUUUUUAGUACAGUGGUAAUUCACUUCUUGGAUAAAGAACUCACAGGUUUAAAUGAAGCUUUACCGUUCUUCCUUCUUCUGAUUGAUCUUUCAAGAGCAAGUGCAUUAGCCAAAUUUGCACUUAGUUCCAACUCACAGGAUGAAGUAAGAGAAAAUAUUUCACGUGGAAUGGCAAUUUUAGGCCCUACAUUUACACUGGAUGCCCUUGUGGAGUGUCUUGUUAUUGGUGUUGGUACUAUGUCAGGGGUACGACAACUUGAAAUUAUGUGCUGCUUUGGCUGUAUGUCUGUUCUUGCCAACUACUUUGUCUUCAUGACCUUCUUUCCGGCUUGUGUGUCGUUGGUAUUAGAGCUUUCUCGAGAGAGUCGUGAAGGGCGUCCUAUAUGGCAGCUUAGUCAUUUUGCUCGUGUUCUGGAAGAAGAAGAAAAUAAACCAAACCCUGUAACACAGAGGGUCAAAAUGAUCAUGUCACUAGGUUUGGUUCUUGUUCAUGCCCACAGUCGCUGGAUAGCAGAACCAGCUGCUCAGAACAGCACUGUAGAAAACUCAGUGGGAUUGGAUGAGAAUGCACCAAAGAGAAUUGAACCCAAUGUUUCAUUAUGGCAGUUCUAUCUUUCUCGAAUGGCCAGUAUGGAUAUUGAGCAAGUAAUCACUCUUGGAUUAGCCCUUCUUCUUGCUGUGAAAUACAUUUUCUUUGAACAAACAGAGACUGAAUCCACACUCUCACUGAAGAAUCCCAUAACAUCUCCAGUGAUGGUUCAGAAAAAGGUCCCUGAGAAUUGUUGCAGGAAACAAUCUGGACUUCUGAAAAACAAUCAGAAAUCUAACACAGUAGAAGAAACUUUAAUUGCCAAAGAUGGAAAUGCUGAAGUCAUAAAACCUGUAUUAGCAGAGUCUUCAACCAGAGUUACAUUUGUAGUUGGCAGUUGCAACCCUGUGGAAACUUCUGCAGUUCUUAAUAGAAAAGAGGAAGAAAUUGAGUUACCUAAGGAACCACGUUCUAUCGAGGAAUGUGUUGGUAUACUUGGAAAUGCAGAGAAGGGUGCAAAAUUCCUUACUGAUGCUGAGGUUAUCAGUUUAGUUAACGCUAAGCAUAUUCCUGCAUACAAACUGGAAGCCUUGAUGGAAACUCAGGAGCGUGGUGUGUCCAUUCGUAGACAGAUGUUAUCCAAGAAACUCCCUGAACCUUCAUCUUUGCAGUAUCUUCCUUAUAGGAAUUAUAAUUACUCUUUGGUUAUGGGAGCUUGCUGUGAAAACGUGAUUGGCUAUAUGCCUAUUCCUGUAGGCGUAGCAGGGCCACUGUUCUUGGAUAACAAAGAGUUUCAAGUUCCAAUGGCAACAACAGAAGGAUGUCUUGUGGCAAGCACAAAUAGAGGAUGUAGAGCAAUAUGCCUUGGUGGAGGAGCAAGCAGUCGUAUUCUAGCAGAUGGGAUGACCCGAGGGCCUGUUGUAAGGCUCCCCACUGCUUGCCAGGCUGCAGAAGUGAAAGUUUGGCUUGAAAGCUCUGAAGGGUUUAAGAUGAUAAAAGAAGCUUUUGACAGCACAAGUAGGUUUGCUCGCCUACAAAAACUUCUCAUCAGUUUGGCUGGUCGUAAUCUUUAUAUCCGUUUUCAGUCUAAAACAGGGGAUGCAAUGGGAAUGAAUAUGAUUUCAAAAGGUACUGAAAAAGCACUGGCAAGACUGAAUGAAGAGUUUCCUGAUCUUCAGGUUAUAGCUAUUAGUGGUAACUACUGUACAGACAAAAAGCCUGCUGCCAUAAAUUGGAUAGAAGGAAGAGGCAAGUCUGUUGUCUGUGAGGCAGUCAUUCCAGCCAAGGUUGUCAGAGAAGUAUUGAAGACUACUACAGAAGAUAUAGUUGAAGUUAAUAUAAACAAAAACUUGGUGGGUUCCGCUAUGGCUGGUAGCAUAGGUGGCUACAAUGCACAUGCAGCAAACAUUGUUACAGCUAUCUACAUUGCUUGUGGUCAGGAUGCUGCGCAGAACGUGGGCAGCUCUAACUGCAUCACUUUGAUGGAGCGAACUGGUUCUACCAAUGAAGACCUGUACAUCAGCUGCACAAUGCCUUCUAUAGAAAUAGGAACUGUUGGUGGAGGCACCAACUUGCUCCCACAGCAGGCCUGUUUGCAGAUGUUAGGGGUUCAAGGUGCAAGCCAAGAUAAUCCUGGUGAAAAUGCCCGUCAGCUUGCUAAAAUUGUAUGUGCUACAGUGAUGGCAGGGGAGUUAUCGCUAAUGGCAGCUCUUGCAGCUGGGCAUCUAGUCAAAAGCCACAUGAUCCACAACAGGUCAAAAAUGAAUCUGCAAGACCUUCAAGGAAGCUGUGCUAAGAAAGCAGCUUGAAUACUAAAACAGCUUGGAAGCGAAAAAUUGUUUUAGCAACUGAUGAGGUGCACAGGAAAAAUUAAUGUAAUCUGUGAAGUUUAGAAUGAAAAUCACCUUCAGCUCAAUUAUUUCUGUGGAAGAUAAACUAAAAGAUCAAUGGACUUGCGAUCAGUGAAACUACUUAUGCCUUUGACUUUCUUCAGCGGUUAGAGAUGACUUCAUGAAAGAAGUCCUCUCAGUGGUCUUGAACAUGGCUUUAGAAUUCUUACUCUUGUUCGUGGUUUUCUGAAGGGUCAGUCCUAUGUUUUUUAUAGGUUGAGAGUAUUUUGACUAGUAAACUCCUAGUUGCUACCAAGGUGAAAAGUGGUAUCAUGUACUUUGUACGUUUAAAAAACAACAAAAAAAAUCUAAACUUGGCUUGAAUACACUGGUCCUUGCCAUCUUUAUUUUCUGGUUAGCAAGGUAUGUUUUUAAAGUGAUGGCAAGCGUAAUCACUUUCUGUGAACUCCCAAUUUUAAUUUUGUUCACAGUUUAAACAGAGUUUAGGCUAUGAGACAAUUUUGAGUCGCAUUAGUUUUAUAGACGCAUCAGUCUGUCUAUAGUACUUAAUUUGCUGCUUUUUCAGCUAAGCAGCAUUCAGUGUUUUAACUCCAUAAUUUAGGUUAUUCCUUUAAGGAAAACUCGUGAUGUAUAGAGUGCUAAAUUAUUAAAUAUAAUCCUGUACUGAAGUAGGAAAAAACAGUGUGUCAUUUUGUUCGGGUAGAAUAAAAUAAAUUCUGAAACUAGUAACUCCAAAAAAGGACUAUAUGUCAGACAGUUUAAUACUUUAAGUAAAUGCAGUUUGUUAAACUUCUUUUGAUAGGAGUGGAUUCAAACAACAGGACUCAAGAACAGAUGUUUACACUUCUAAAAGAAAUCUCUUACAGUGUGUUUACAUACUCAGAAUUUUUUAGUGUUUUGCACUCAUUCCCCAGGAGUAAGUGUAUAUCCACUAUUUAAACUGAGAUAAGAUAAAGCCAGAAGAUCACACUGUUCUUUAAUUUUUUUUUUACAUUUUUAUUCCUUUUUAAACUUUUUUUUUGAGGAGGGGAGUAUUUAUUUUAAGAAAAAAAUCUUGCAUUGUCCUUUUUUUUUUUUUUUUUUAAUGAGACUUGCUUAGUAAGGGAAUCCACUGAAAUGACAAGUUAAUGUAACACAGUUUUUGUAUUAAAAUACUGUACUUGGACCAGUGAAGCAGCCUCAGGUGUUCUUAAUGUAAUACAGGAAACCUUUUUUUUUUUUUUUUUUUUUCCUGGUUUUAUUCACCAUUGGGAAGCUUGCUAAAUACAUCGUCCUGCCUAGCUAAUCACAGAAGGAAAACUGUUCAUAUGCUUGGGGUUUUUUGGGAUGUUUUUAACUUUAUUUUUAGUAAAAAAAGAAAAUUACCAGUGAAUUGGAUGAGCUGGGUUUCUUACAGGAACGCAGUGGCAUUUCUAAAGGGGUGACUAGCAAAGGUGCUCUUCUAAGGUGCAAAUUUGAUGCAAAUCAUGAUGCGUUGUUUUGUAGUAUAUCAACACAUUAAUAUUAUUGUAAUGAUCUCAUAAAGCUAAUGUGCAAGCACGAAAACAUACUACAUGCUAGAUAUGGUAUGAUAGCAUGUAAAUAUCAUGAAUGUUUAUCUUCCUGCAGUAUUGUUGUUAAUAGCUACUAUUUUAUUUAAGGAAAGGUGGAACUACUUUGUUUCUAUGUUCAUUCAGUGAUCUUAUUAUUUAAAGUAACACUGUACUGGCAAUAAAUGGUGGUUCAGUGUUCAUUUUGGUGAAUUUAACUGACAUUCUGUCUUGCAGAAUUAACAUUUUGUAUUAUUACUAAAUUGUGUACAUUUUGGUACAGACUACUUUUUCAGUUUCAGUAAAACAAUGGAAAACAUA